AUGCUUAGGAGAGACAAUGCUGCUGCUUUGUCCGGGAACUGGACGGCCCCGGGUCCCCAUGGGAAUGGGACUGGACUAUCCAAGCUCCAGGGCCCCCCGUACCCAUCUACCAUGGCCAUCGUAGGCGGCGAGCCCACCCCCGCAGUCGACGACCCCAUCGCCGUCGUCCUACUCCUACUAUUCCUCCUCUCGGCAGCAGCGCACAUGGUCAUCCUACGCAUCAACAAGCAGCGUAACCUCAAGUUCGUCUUCUCAGGCAUGCUAUUCGCGCUGUGUCUUCUCCGCAGCAUCUCGCUCGUCGCCCGCAUGAUCUGGGCCUCGUACCCCAAGACCGUCAACGCCGUCAUCGCCGCCAGCGUCAUGACCCAGUGCGGCUCCGUGCUCAUCUUCAUCAUCAACUUAUUUUUCGCCCAGCGUGUCCUCCGCGCCUAUCACCCCCGCCUCGGCUGGCACCGCGGCACCUGCGGCUUCGUCUGGUUUCUCAUCGCUUGUGUUAUGUGCUGCCUCGUCAUGGCUAUCGUCGCUACCAUCCACAGCUUCUUCACCCUGGACUCCCGUGCCCUCCACGCCGACCGUGCUGUCCAGCUUUUCGCCGGCUCGUAUCUGGCCUUCCUGGCUUUCCUGCCCGUACCUGUCGUUGGACUGGCUGCUGCAGCACAACACGCGAGGCGUUUCCGCCUCCACCGUGUUGAGAAGUUCGGCGCAGGUCGGUGGCGUGCCAAAGUCGGGCUGCUAGUAUUCGCAUCGCUCGUGGCUACCGUGGGCGCCGCGUUUCGGGUAGGAGUCAACUUCGACGGUCGUCCUAGCUCCAAACCGGCUUGGUUCCACAGCCGGGCUUGCUACUACAGCUUCAACUUCGUCACCGACCUCGUCGUGUCUACCGCAUACCUACUAGCUCGUUUUGACCGGCGCUUCAUCGUACCAGAUGGCGCUCAAGGUCCCGGAGACUACUCCCCUAUCUCCCCAUCCAUGCACUGCACCUCUAACAGCGACCUCGUCGGCAAGCUGCCCAUCAUGGGGGCCAGCAAAACCACUACCACGAUACGAUCCCCUCUUAUCCCAACUCCCACUCCCACUCCCGCUCCAUCACCACCUACUCCCACCCCUCCUCCCCAAUCCACAACGCCAUCCCCAUCGUCCUCGCAGUCACACCGCAACGUCGGCACCACCGCAUCCGCCUACAACACCGACUCGUCCAACACAGCCGUACGGACGAGUAGCAGCUUCGAACGGAACCAGCACUCCCUCUCCCCUAUCCCUCUGCCCCUCCUAUUCACACCUCCACCCCCACCCCAACCCCAACCCCAACCGCGCAGACCCGCGCUUCGCACCCGCACCCGCACCCGCCGCGCCGUCAUGCUGCGCAUGCGCAUCAACAGCGAAGCCGACGCGUACGGGCCCGACUGCGGCACGGAGCCCCUAGUCGGAAAUGGGGACGAGUUAGGGCAGCAAGAGAGGUCGACGUCGCGGUUACGCACCCCGGCUCCCGCGCACCUCGGCCCGCCGAUCCUGCCCGCGCUAGAUCUAGAUCUGGAGCUGCUGAGCGCGACGUUGUUGGCGCCGUGGGCGCUGGAUAGUUGGGGCUUCGAGAUGGGGGCGUUUAGGCGGGGGUCGCGGAGCGGGUCGCCGGGGAGUGUGGGUGGGAAUAGUAGUCGUAGUUGUUACAGUGGCAGUGGCGGUGGCGGUGGAAGCAGCAGCAGCAGCAGCAGCAGCAGUAGAAGUAAUAGUGUCAGUGGUAAUGUCGGAAAUAGUGAAAAUGGAAGCAGAGAUAUAGUUAUAAGUGCUGGGAACAGCGAGAGGAAUAGUAGCGAGAGGAGUAUUAGGAGCGGUGGUGGCCGAAGUUAUACUUCUAGUCAGCGGUGGGUGCGGGCGAGGACUCUGUAAGGUAUUCUGCUGACCGGACAAUUGGCUGGAGGUGGGAAGAAGUUGAGCGGGGAGAGAGAGGGGAGAGAGGAGGGAAGGAAUAUAUUGUAUACUGGGAGCGAGAGAAGCAUUGUUUUGUUACCAAUAUCACUGGCGUCAAGGAGCUGCUAUAAUGAGGGAAAUACUGGUGGAGGAUAUGUUGAUGUUGAUGUUGUUGAUGUUGUUGUUGCAUAAAGAUGAAUUAGAAGAUGCGUGCAUAUGUAUACUACUUAACAAUACGAUAUUUAAUGAUUACCUAUACCUGAAUAGUUGGUUUCUAGACAAUAAGAUUAUCGAAUAACGGUGAUAGUGUCUACCUCAGAUGCGACGAACGAGGUUUAAUUCCCACUUGGGA